AGAAAAACAGGCAUCCUAUACUGGUGUAAAAACAAUCUGAGGUAUAUGUAAAAGUACUAAACUUCACAAAAUUGGUGUGAGAUCAAAAUAUUCAUUUUGUUCAUUCGUACAAGUGUGUUUCGCUUGACGGAUUUAGUACGAUUUCUUCGAUUUUGAAUGGGAUAUUUACGUAUGUCUAUUUAACAGGAAGUUUUUAUGCUGAGUAAAGUGGCUACCUAUAUUGUAUUCGAUAUGCGUUUACGACAGGGAAUAAUAACAUACUCUUGGGAAUAUGAGCUAGAGGAUAUAUUGUUGUAAUACAUUGUCAAAAUAUGGCGACUGACAUUAAUGAGAAUAUUAACACGGGUGAUGAAGAAAAUCCUGAUCUUUCCCAACCUCAAAAUGAGAAAGAUACAGAUUGGAAAAGACGUACACUCGAACUUGAAGAUCAGUUGUGUAUACUAAGGGAAAGAGUCAAUUCUCAGACAGGAAAAAUACGUGAAGCGGUUUCCCAACGAGUAUGUAUACUAUGUAUAUUUGAUGAAUUGUCAAUGUCACAAAUGUAUAGUAUUACAAAUGUCACAAAUGUAUAGUAACAUUAAUACGUCGCAAUUAAUAAUUAUGCUUUAUCUAGAAUGUAUUCGUAGAAUGUCGUAGAGUAUCAUAAAUCAUGAUUGUUUAUGAAAAUAUCAGUCUUUGAUCAAGGUGUAUUUCCUGGGUAUGACUAUAACAACGUCUGAAAUGUGAUACCGAAGGUCGUAAAAUGUCAUUAUUCGCCUUUACGAAUAUUCUAGACAUAAACACUCUUGUCACAGUGUCUGUGCAUAAAAUUUGGCCUAUAAGGCUCUAUGUUGCUAAAUAAAACGAAACAUGCUUCAAAAUAAAAGGAAAUAUGCCUUUUUUCCUUGACGCCAUUCACCACAUGUCGAUAUUUUUGCUUUCGCAAUUGACAAUUGUGCACCCAGCUUGCUAGCAAUUUCAGUCAACCUGUCGAUUUUUUAUAACAAAUAUCUGCAAUAUGUUCCCGUUUUUAAAAGAAAAAAAAAUCCAGGGCCGGCUGAGGAAUUUUUAAGCUGUCAGACAAGUGCAGACAGAUUCGCAUUAAAUUUUAAGCAUCUUCACUUUACCAAAUUAAAAUACAAUAGGUUUUAUUUUGACAGAAAACAAUCAUGUUUAAAAUAUCACAAUAUGUUUUCUUCUAGGCGGGUAUACGUAAUCGAGAGUAGUUUUACUGCCCAUAUUGAGUUCAUGUUUUGUUAUUUGGCCAGCUAAAACGUGUUAAUACAUUUAUAUCUUUUAAGUUUAUGUUUACGCGUUUUGUCCUAGAUGGUUAAUACAUACCAUGCAUAUCUUAUAAUCAAUAUUUGAAACACGUGGGCCAUAAUUAAUAUUUAGGAAAGUGACUGGGAUAAGUGACCACAACUUUAAUAAAACAUAAGUGAUUCUUAUUCUCAACCAGAGUGCAAUAAUUUAUUUAUUCCCCAUGAUUAUUCUUCUUCAUGUAAUAUUUUCCUUGAAAUUUCAAUGGCCAACAUCAGUAAUAUGACACCAGUAAGAGCUCGUUAACAUCAUCACUUAUGGCACCAGUCCUGCAUGGGCUCUAGUGUCAGAUGAAUAUCCACAGCAUGCUAUUAUUAUAAGUAAUAGGCAAGCAUCUUGUUCUUUUACAAGACUUUUAUCCUAUAAACAGACACUAAAUAAUAGAAAUCCAGGCUUUAUAAAAAUUGAAAUCUUUGCAAAUUCUAUUAGUUUGUAAAAUUUGUCUCUCUUGAAAUUUGUCUAAUAUUAUAGUAAUCAUAUUUAAAUAAAAUGUUGACUAUAUUUGUAUAUUGAUAUUUUCAAGAGACAUACUUUAAACAGAUGUAAUUUGAUAUAAUUUGAACAAAAAUAGAUCUGAUUCAGCUCCUCACAUGACAGGUUUUUUCAAGACUAUUUACUCAGUAGAGUACAUGAAAGUGAUGAGUCCUGUGGGGAACCCUAUUUGAUAUAAUAUAGGUGACAUGCAUAUAUGUACAUUAAUUAUUAACUUGUCACAAGAGAUUACAACAUAACACAGACCUUGCAUUCUGCAUGAACGUCUAUGCAGUAGGGGCUUGAUAAAUCACUAUACUCUUGUUUUUCUAAGGACCGUAAUAAGAAAAGACACAGUCCCCAAAACUGUCAAUUGUCAAAUAAAUUUAAAAACAAUCUUUCAGGAACAAAUACAAGCUCUGUGCCAUGAUGAUUUGCAAAAGAAAAAAGAAAACCAUAGAAAACCAUGAAAAUUUGGGCAUAUUUUAGAAAAAUCAAGAAUAUUUGGGCAGAUUUAUCAAAAAAAAUUGUGCAAACUUUGAACUGCCUCCCCCCAGAAAGCAUUAGGCCCGUACACCCUAUAGUAAUUGGUUGCAGUAAUUGGUUUCAGUAAUUGGUUCCAGGCUGUUGCAGAUACCCAACCAUCAACUCAGUUUAUGUUAUUGUAUUAUAUAUGUAUGCGUGUGUAUUGAUGUGUGUGUAUGUUUCUGUACAGUACUGAUGGAAAAGCAAUUAAAUUAAAUUAAAAUUAUGAUGAUUCAAUUUGAUGCAGGGGCGUAGGAACCGGGGGGCAAGGGGCCAAGACCCCCCAAGUUUUCAGAAAACACAAAAACUGCCCUCUCUCUGGCGGUAAAGUGCCCUUUGCCUUUGUGAAAAUGUUGCUCAGAUUGCAUUUUUUAUGAUUGCAAUUAUUUGUUCUUCAGAAAACACAAAAAUUGCCUUCUCUCUGGUGGCAAAGCGCCCUUUGCCUUCAUGAAAAAUGUUCUUCAGAUUGCAUUUUAUAUGAUUGCAAUUAUUUUUCCUGCCCCCCCCCCCCACCCCCGUCCUAACAUUUCCGUAAAAAAUUUUUCAGGUGCCCUUUUCAUUCCAAAAGUGCCCCUAGAAACCCCCCCCCCAAUUUUUUGAUGCUUCCUACACCCCUGAUUUGAUGUUCAUUGUGACUGCAAGUUGCUGACAUAUUAUUAUAUGUGUAAAACCACUUGUAAUAUAUGACAUUGAUCAUGCAGGAAUUACAAUUGUCAAAGAAACAAGAAAAUUUCUUUGUGAAAAUUGUGAGCUUGACUCUCACAGUUAAAAAAAAGUAAUUCCACAAUAAAACUACACUGGUGAAUUACAAAAUAAUGAAAUGCAGUUAUUAGUUUCAUUUCUGUUUCUUUUUCAGCUAAAGAGUGCUGAAGACAAUGCAAAACAAGCAGAGGAAAAGGCUGAAAACUUAUUGAAAAAGGUUUGGACUUCAAUAUGCAUAGAAAAGUGACAGGAGGGGAUUUUCAGCUUGCACAAUUUUUUUUGUGGAAUUUUAAAGCUACUGUUUUCUUUGCCUUCCUCUUUACUUGAUUUUUUGUUUGUUUUCCUUUGCAAGGUUUUUUGUUUUUCCCCACUGAGCCUCCAUCACUUUUCUAAUUGUCCGCCCCUUAGCAUAUUUCAUCAGCUAUCAUUCAUUUACCCCACAUUUACCCUGACAUAAUUGACUUCCAAUUGAUACAUUUUGAAACGUUUUUUAGUUCUUCACCACAUUUCUGAUUCCUUAUAACUUUUUGAAACUUUAGAUGCAAGAACUUGAAGAGAGAACACUUUUUGCUGAAAGUAAAGUAACAAGAUGUUACGAGAGGGUGAGCUUGCUUCCAUAAUAUUCUUCAUUUAUGUUUUUGUUCUUGAUUUCUUCUUUUAGAUCAUAUUUGUUACAUUUUGCGCUAAAUUGUCAUUAAAUUGUCCAUUAGAACCAACACCUAGAAGAUAUUAUAGAGCAAAAGGAAUCAAUUAUCAGACAACUUCGAAUGGCCGUGUCUGAGGUAUAGUAGUACUACUACUCUUACAUUUGAACGGUCUGCAUGCCAACGUAGGUAGUGACAACCAGAAAGCUGAGGAUAUGAGCCAAACUAACUUCCUGACGAAUGGGCUUCGCUCGAAAUGUCGAAGUUUACUUGUAUUUUUGAGGUAGUUGAAUCCCUCGUAAUCCAAAACUUUCCGCUCUUAAAUUUACCUGUUGAAACGCACCUAGGACAGAUUUGGAACACAAAUUAAAUUAACGUGUUUGGAACGCGCUUGAUACACAGCCAGAAGUUCAGAACGCAUUUCAAACGUGUCCGGAACGCCUUUUGAACACAUUAGGACGCAUUUUGAACGAUUUCGAACGCAUUCGGAGCUCAUUUGCAACGCAAUCGGAGAAAUUUUCGAGCGCAUUCGAUCCGUACGCAUUUGAAACGCAUCCAUGACGUAUUUUGAAGAAUCCAGAGUGCAUUUAAGAGAAAAGAAAAAACCUCCACACGUUUGGAAUGAAUGUGAACAUUAGAGACGCGUAUGAAACGCAUCCAUUUCUCCGAAAUGCGUAUAGGCGCAAUUGAAACACAUUUAGAACGUACCCAUUUGGAACACGUUCAGAACGCAUUUGAAACUCAUUUAGAAUAUGGUUGCAACGUUUUUGGGACGCAACCGGAGCACGCUUGGAACGGACUUGGAACGCGUUCAAAAAGCAUUUUGGAUGCUUUCAGAACGCAUCUAGAACACGUCCAGACCAAAUUUAAUACGCAUCCGAAACGCCGUGAUUUAACUCUGCCUGACUUGUACGAAUCCUGUUGAAAGUAUUUUGAAAUUUUAUAGCAAAGCAAAAACGAAGUUGACGCAAGAUUGUUCGAAGAAAAAGUGGCCAAAGUAAAAGAAUGGGUGAAACAGGUAAAUGAUGAUUGAAUGUUGCAUGUUGCAGGAAUCGAACUCCAACUGUAGAAGUGAACAUGCACCGUUCCAUCGAGUCUGAAAUAACGAGUCUGAUAUUUAUUGCAAGCACUGUUCCCUUUCUUGUAGUGUAAACUGACAAUUGAUGAUCUUCAGGCGCAAAUACAAGAGAAAGAAGAGAUGAUUGAAAGAUUAAAGAAUGGUAAACGAGGUCUCUAUUGUGUUCUCAACGCAUCUGGAACUUUUUUGUAACAAAUUUUUAUACUGUUCUCAGUGCGCCCGAACCACGUCCGACACGAAAUUUGGAACGCAAUAAACUGUACUGUUUAUAUCUGUCACGUUUUAGAGAGAGUUACUAUUUUUAGACUUUUGCAAUUUUGUAUUCUUUUGUAUUUUAAACUUAAACCUAAUCCUAACCCUAACCCAAUACUCUAAUCCUAACCCUAAUCUUAAUCAUAACCCUAAUGCUAACCCUUUCCCUAAUCCAAACCCUAAUCCUAACGCCCGUAUUCUAAAAGCUCACUCACACUCAAUGAGUGGAGGUUUAAUCUGAGCUACUCUUGAGUGUCAAUGCUGUUUUUGAAUAGCCGGAGGGUGAGUAAUCACAUAGUAAGGUAUGACACUAGCCCUCCAGCUAUUCAAAAACAGCAAUAACACUCCAGAGAAGCUCAGAUUGAACCUCCACUCAUUGAGUGUGAGUGAGCUUUUAGAAUACGGGCGUAAAAGUCUAAAAAUAGUAACUCCUCCUAAAACGUGACUCAUAUGUAAGAGUAGAAUCGUGAUUGGGCUCAAGAUCAAAGAGAAACAUAUUCACGUGCACAAAACAUGGGGAUAUAACCAUAGGCGUACCGGGCGGGGGGGGAGCGGUAGCCCCCCCCCAGUUUUUUGGGCAGUCGGGCAAUAUCCCAGUUUUUUGGGCAGUCGGGCAAUAUUCGAUCAACAGUCGGGCAAUUUUGGUUUGGAAUUAAAAAAAAUGGGACAAAUUCUGUCAAUUUUGUCUAAAAUUAAGUAAAAUUUUUUGGCAAAUUUUGUGAUUUUUGGAAAAUUUGUGUUAUGUUCCGAAAAAUAUUGGUUGUCCGGAAAAUUUUUUUGACCCCUAAAAUGGUACACUGACCGAAAUUUUUUUGGCGACGGGGGCGGGGGGGGGGGUCGCCAAAAUAAUUUUUCCGGAAAAAAAUUUUUGGUGCUAGUCGGGCAGAAUCCCGAAAUUUUUUGGGCAAUGUGGAAUUUUUUGGGCAAAAAAGCUACCGCCCCCCCCCCCAGAAUUUAGCGGCCCCGUACGCCUAUGGAUAUAACCUUCAUGUGCGCCUGUCAUGCUAAAACAGGCAAGCAUGGAAACGAGGCCACUGGUGCAAAAGUGCAAUAAACAAUAAAAGUUUAUUGUAGGUCUAAAUUUGUACCGGGUGUCCCCCCCCAAAAAAACCCCCAAAAAACAAAAAAAAAACUGGACACUGUUUGAUUUCAUGUAAUGUAAAAGCUAUAAAAGCUAUCGCAAUGAAGGAAAGAUCAUUGCAUUCAGAAAGAACUAACGUAGAUUUUGAUAUAUAGCACGUGAAUUUGCAUGCAAUAUUGAGCGAGAUACAACCAAAAUAAAAAUAUUUAUUAUUUAACAAGUAUAUAUAACUGCAUACAGUCAGUAGGUAAUUAUAAUUACCUAUGCAGUUAUAUAUACUUGUUAAAUAAUAAAUAUUUUUAUUUUGGUUGUAUCUCGCUCAAUAUUGCAUGUAAAUUCAAGUGCUAUAAUAUAUAUCAAAAUCUAAGUUAGUUCUUUCUGAAUGCAAUUAUCUUUAUUUCUUUGCGAUAGCUUUUAGGUUACAUGAAAUCAAACAGUGUCAAGUUUUUUUUGGACACCCGGUAUAUAAUCUUCCGUUCGAAAAUUGCAUCUACAAAAACUCUUUAACUGUUAGUUCUAUCAAGCGAGAUGCCCAUUUAAGGUUACAGGACACCCUUUUUGGCGUUUUGCGGAAAAUCGCUACUGCGCGCUCAAUAUCAGUCCGAUUUUCAUCAAAUUUUCACCAAAUGUUCUCCAGUGCAUGCAAAAUAUGGUAAAGUUGUAAAAUUAACAAACAAUAAAAUAAUGUAAGAAUUAUUCAAGAAAAUCUUAAAUCGCGGUACCGUUACGCUUUUGAGUUGUGCUCCUGCUGGUUUUAAGUUAUAUUUAUGAAAAUAUCAUUUUUAUACAGUAAAUAGUUGUUCUAAAAAAUUGUGUUCGGAAAUUUUUGUUUAUUUCGUCAUUCCGCUGAUAUGGCGAUUUCUUUGACGACUGCAAUAUAUUUCUGAAUUGUUUGAGUGAAUUGCUCUUUAUUUUUAAAAUAUCCAAAAUUAAAAAAAAGCCGAACACAGUUUUGAAACUGACGUAUUUAGCUAUGACCUGUGAAAAUUUGAGAAAAAUUGGUUAAAACCCGCAGGAGCACAACUCAUUUGAAAAUCAGUAAUUACCGUAAAAUUUUUCGGGAGAAAAUUGAAUUUGAAUGUUACAUUUUCAAUGUUUUUCUUAUUGCAGCGAAAUGUAUUUUAUUAAAUAACUCUGCGAGUUUUCAACAUUUUUCGUUCAAACUUGGUCAAAUAGUAGAACUAGUCUAAUGCUUUCAUUGAAACCAAUAAAAAAAUUUUAGGCAAAAUUAACACUCAAAGGUGUUCUGUAACCUUAAUAACUCGAUAUUUACCCAUACUUUAUUAGAGCUGUGCAAACUCCCGUUAUUUUAGCUUCGGCAGUCAAAACUCCGGCUCCUGCUCCGGCAAGGAAAUUUUAAGGGAAUUUCAUAUUUAAUAGUAGUAGCAGGCGAAAGUAUUUCAGUGUAAUUUCAGAAUUCAUUUUAUUCCUUUUUGAGCUUUCUCCUUUACUCAUCACAUAUACAUGCUUCGGUGCUUGCUUAAACAAUGUUUUGCAGAAAGUAAAACCGCAUGGCAGCGUGGUAUUUUCGCCCAAAAUACAUCGUGGUCAGCGGAUUUUUGUAUCAAAAAGCGAUAGCAAUGCGCUUGCAGAAUUUUCAAAACCACGAAUCGGAUCGGAGCAAGUGAUUAAACUUUAUAGUAACUUAGUUCAAAUCAUUCAACUUAAUUUUUCCAUUUCCAAAAGUUCAUAGAAAUAUGAAAUAAUGUUUUAUAAUUUUCUCUGCCGGAGUUUUCCGGCCCCGGCAAAAUAUGCCGGAGCUCCGGUACUCCGGCGCACAGCUCUAUACUUUAUAUGACUAAACAUACUUUACUCUGAAUUUGACUUUUACCUUCUCCAGGUUACUCGCAACAUAACGGUGUCCAUCUCAGCCGAGUAACAAGUUUGAGCGACACAGAAAGUAACAGUCCAAAGAUUGCGCGAGCUAGAUCGAAAUCCGCGGUUACGUUGUCCCGAGGUGUUGUCAAAGUUAGCGAAAUUGUUCCGGCUGUCCCCCCUAGGAGAGCGUCUCUUGGUAUACUACAUCGCGCAAAUAGUAACCUGAAUAAAUCUGCCGGAAAAUGUGGGCUUAUGGCCUUGAAGGAGUCGGAUAGCACUAGCUCUAGUCCUUUAAGUCAAAGCGAGAAAUUUAAAUUGAAAAAUGAUGAGAGUGGUGGGAUUAACAUUAAAUUAUCAGAAAGCGAAGAAAAUUUAGAUGAAAGAACGUAUAUGGUGUUAGAACCUGAACCGGAUCAUGAAUAUGCCCUAAAUAAAUCGAAAUUUUUUGUAUCUGCUGAAAAGGAGGACGAGAGUAAACCCGCAGUGCGCAUGACUAUGAGAGAGAGAUUAAAACAAUUAACUCAAUCUAGUGAGGACGAAAUUGACCAUACUAGUGAUAGCGAUGUGUCCCCAGCAGUUGACAAACAGAAGAGUGAGCUAGUGAACGAGUUAGCGAAAUCAUUAGAAGACCCAAAACAAAAUAAUGAUACUAAGAUAGGACAACAACAGGUUGUUACUGUAAAAUUUAGCGCCGAUAAUGGAAUGCUGUCUGCUGAGGGUGCUCAAGUGACCACGACUGGGAAACCGCUCGGAGACAAUGAGAGAGAUAGCACAAAUGAGGCUAAUAAAGACUCCAAGGCUAGCCAAGCGGGCAAAGAACCGCGUUUUAAGUUAAAACCAGGCACAGACGCACAAGGAUAUACUAAAUUACUACAUGUCGAUGAAAGGGAUGAAGACGAGAGAGGGAGCGAUGGUUCUCUGUCGGCUCCGGGCAGUACGUUUAUAAGUUAUCUUCCACUGGAUUCCUCUCGUAGUACGCUUGAUACAGAUAGUGGGAUCAGCAGUGUCCCAACUCCACCUGUAAGAAGAUCCUGGGUAAGUGCAAACAUCCAUAGUCAAAAUAUAGUGAACGUUUUUCCUAUAUGUUUAGCUCUGUCUUUAAUGGUCUGUGCCAUUGUAGGUAGUACCAAUAUUAGAAGAAAGCUUCUGAUUGAUAGGGAUACUACGUAACCUGAAAAAUACAAGGAGAGCUUCGAUGUUUUGAGCGAAGGACCUUCGUUGGGAAGUUAGUAGGGCCUUCCCUCGACACGUCGAAGAUCUUCCUAAAGGCACAGUUCAGCCUUUUGAAUGAUGGUUUUUAAGGUGCAUUUCAGCCCUUUCAAUUGAAAAAAACUAACGCAUAAUUCAAGAUCAGUAAACUCAAUGUUUUUAACAAAAUGUUUUACAAUGUUAAAAACAUUAAGUUCACUGCUCUUGAAUUAUGCUUAAUUGAUUUUCCUAGUUAGUUUCAUCAAUUAAAAGAGCUGUAAUGCGCCUUAAAAACCGUCAUUCAAAAGGCUGAACCACAUGUGCCUUUAAGAGCAAACAUUUAAUAACAAAACUUUUGCUGUUCCAGUCACAAGACCACAGAGUGCUAAAUCCAGUCGUGAAUGGAGUUAUUGCUUCUGAAGAAUGUAAGACAACUAAAAAACUAAACUAAGUUUAUUUUUAUUGGGUUUAUCUUAACUGUCCUCCUCUAUAGAGGUCCAGGAAGAACAAUCCCAUAUUGGUCCAGUAUUAUUACUACUGGAGGAAACCUAAACUUAACUAACUUCUGUAUUUGUACUGGAUAUAGCUCUUUCAUUUCUAAACUGUUCUCCCAAGAGAUCCAGUAAAGCGAACAUUUCUUGUUUGGUACCGUAUAGUAUCACUGAAGAUUAAGAUUUAAUUUUUUUGUAGUUUUGCAUGGCGAUAGUAUAAGUUUUGGUUUAUAUCACGUAGAUUUAUUAUUGCAAAGCUUUGGAUCCGUAAGUCCGUAUUGUCGUCAAUGCUAAUAAUAUAAUGAUUAAUAUAUUAAGAUUUACUGAGCGUUUUAUUUAAACUCUGUAGGGAGACGAGGAUCGGAUAUCGACAUCAUUAAUGGAACACAAGAUGGAUUUUCAUGUAAUCUUACCCAAGUAGGUUCACUGUUGAAACAGAUUUCUAAAAGGGAGUGUGACCUUCUUACUGUCAGUGGCGUAACCAGCCUGACGGUUUGGUCCCGCUAUGCAAAUUCAAAAUUAUUAUCAUUAUUCAUUUCUUGAGAAAUUGAUUGUUUUCACAGUCAAUGAACACCGAAAUACAUAUUUGCGUAGUGGGACUGAGUCGUCAGGCUGGCUAUGCUACUGCUUACUGUGAAACAUAUAUAUUGUGUCCUGUAUUUCAUUUUUAUUAUUGUAUGUUUUUAUAUUCAAAUAGAUUCAAAGUUGUCCUGUGUAUGCCCAGCUCGAAGGGGUAAGAGUUACCGUUUUUAUGUGCUAAAUCAAACUAUAAUAGGAUUUCUUGGGCAAAUUAGGCCGCAUCAGGGCUGCUCUCCAAGAAAAAUAAUUUGAAAUUGUCUUGCGUUAGGCAGGAUAUAUCGUUAGCCUGCGUGGCAGUCGCUUUAAUUUAUUGAAGGUUUUGAGGAUUUUUGAAUAAAUGGCGGGUUAAAAAAAUGGGCGAAGAAAAAAAGGGCGAGAAAAAGCGGGUGAAGGAAAAAUAAAGCUUUAUUGUACUGUAUUUGGGUCUGUGGAAACUAAGUUAACGUACGUAUAAUAUGGUUCAUUUUUAUCCAGAGGGCAUCAGAAAUCCAAAGUGGUCCUUGUACUGGUGAUUCAACAGACUCUUCAGACAAUGAAACAGAUAGCGCGCUUGAAAGCGACUCUCUGACUGUUUCUCGAGCAAAAAGUGUGUCAGUCAGUGACAGAUUGCUGAGAAGAGGAAGUGCCAAAAAGAAGGUGCUAAAGACUUGUGCGCAAUACACCACACAUAACUUGAAAAGUGUAAGAUGAUUCUAAAAUACAAUUGAUAAAGCUAUAGUGUAAAUAAAUCAAUAAUAGGUUAUAGUUUAGUAAACUGUACUAUAGUAAACAAGAAAAUUUGUCUACCCAUGGUUGUUUGUUUUGUUUACCAUACAAUGACGUAUAUCAUCCCGUUCCAGGAAUCACUUCAGAAAACUGGUUAUUUAUCAAAACUCGGUGGUAGAAUCAAGAAUUGGAAACGAAGAUGGUUUGUUCUCAGUGAGAAUAAAUUAUCUUACUACAAAACCGAGGUAAACUUUUGUAUCAUAUGUUUGGCCAAGGAAGAGCCGUCGGAAGAUGUAAGGGCCAACUUCUCUCCUGGCUCUUAAAAUUUAAUAUAGAGACAUUCCACUUUAAAAAUGCGGCCGUAGUUUUUUUAGGUUUAAUUCUGAAAAUACUAUUUCAUUUUAGAACGAUGUAAAUAAAAAGGCGUUGGGACAGAUUCCUCUGGAUGGAUUUUGUGGGAUAACAAGAACCGAAGGAAGUUUAUCCUUCCAAGUAAGAUGCAGUAUUGUUUAUGUCCUUCUUCGCAUAAUUCUUUGAAGUUUACCGGCCUUCCUAACCAUGUUAAUUUCUAUUAACUAUGAUUUGUUCUAAAGUUAAGUUGUCUAAAUUUUGUCUUCCAUUUUAGAUUGAUACUGCGAAGCGAAAGUAUUACUUGACUGGCGAAUCUAUUGAAGACAUCGAUGGUUGGCUAAAAGGUAUCAUGAAUUGUGUUAUACGUUUGGAACCAUUUUUGUUACAGUAGGACAUUGUAUCACAGCUUUGGUUUGCUGAAUUUAGUACUAUUUACUAAACUAUGCUGUAAACUAUCAUUAGUCUGGAUAACUCUAGCUAAACUGACCUCUAUUAAUAUCACGAGAAAACUGAAGUACCCGGAAAACCGAAGGUAUCUGGUAUAGCCAAACCGAAAACACCCUUCAGACAUGCAACUAAUGAACAUUCUGCUCUCUUUUCAGUAUUACAAAACGUUCUUCGUAAAUUUAUGACCAGUCCUCUCUUGGCUCAGGUCAAUGAGAAGCCUAUCAUGAGAGGCUGGAUUACUAAGGUAUAUAUCACAAUUGUAAUCCUUUGAUAUGAUUAUAGUUUUCCAAAUGUAUAUCCAUCUUCACUUGUUUUCAAUUGAUAUUGUUUCAGGUUAAACUUGGCAAGUCCAAACGGGUUUACUGCAUACUUCGGGGGAAAUAUUUAUGCUAUUACAAAGGCGAAAGCGACCAGGUACGAUAAAUUAAACUAUUUUUAUGGGUAGCUCAUCGAUUCUAAACUGUUCAAACAUGUUGCAUAAUCUUAGUUCUUUAUUUCAUCCAUGCCUGCAGAAGUUAGGCACUGGACGUACGCUACCUCCACAGUACAUAUAUAUCCGUCGUAACUUUAAUCAUAUCUCAGUAAUCUCCAAUAGUCUCUUUCCCUCCUUCCUCAUUAACAUAGCAUCCUUCCUCAUUAACAUAGUAUUCAGAAAAAUUUCAAUUUCAUCAUCGUUUUUCUGUUACAUGCAAAACCGCUCACCACUUUCCAUUUCUCCCAUGCAAAUGCCAAACUUUCCAUGAUAUCGUCUUCUGUUCCUGCAUAUUUGACAGCAAUCCCAUCAAUUCCACUCGAGCGACUUUAGGUGACCACCUCUCUAGGCUCUCGACGUUUCAUAAAUUCCUAUUACGUGUUCCUUUCCAGGCACCAUUUGGUUUAGUGAAUGUGAAAGAAGUCCAUAUUGAGAAAAUUAUUGGUGUUGAUUCAGAAGACGAACUUAACCAUGACGAGGGUGAACAACGCACUGGACGUUUUACUUUGAGAUUAUACAAUGGAAAACAACCAAGUAUUAGCUCGGUUUACCUCGUCAUUGACAGCAAACAAGAUCUUGUAAGUGUCUCAAAUAUGUGGGUCCACUGUAGAUAGUAUUCUACAAUAAGCUCCCGUGGUUUGUUUCAAACGUGAUGGUGCAGUAUAGUAUAGGUGCCGGUAUAGUAUUCCGCAAUAAUCUGUCGUGGGUAGUGUCGGAGCAACCUGAAAACAAUAUCCAUAGGGGCUUUGGAAAACCAUGAAAAUUCGGGCAAACACUAGGAGAAAUCAAGAGAAUAGUCGGGCAGAUUUAUCAGAAAAGAUAUGAAAUUCAGUUUAUUUCAUUACAAUCCUCCAUACAAAUUCGGGCAAACUUUCAACUGCGCCUCCGGAAACAUCAGCCCCGUACACCUAUGACAAUAUCUCAAUGACAAAUAACUUGUGCAAUUUGUAUUUCAGAAUGCGUGGUUGUAUCAUUUAACUAUGGCAUCAGGAAAUAUCAACCAGAUCGGAACGGAGUUUGAACGAACUAUUGUGAAGCUCAAGGACGAAGAUGAUCCGGGUAAGAUUUGAUCCGAAGAUGAUCCGGAAUAGUUUUCACGAAAGUGCUUGUUCAAAUUUCCAAACCCCUUGAACCGAUAAAUCCCGAGAGAUGUAUCUUUGUGAAGCAGUAAGAAACAACGAAUGUACUGAAAAUAGAGACUUUAUUGUGUUUUAAGGUGUUGUAUAUGAAUUAGAGAGAAAAUUAGUCAUUAUUCAACCACAAACUUGGAUCCUAACAAAAACUACUUCAGGAAUUCAUAUUUUUCUAGAGUCGUAGUCUAUGGAAUAAUCUACCAGCGGACUGUAAAAAUUAUUCAUCUUUCUCGUUGUUUAAGUCAAAACUACAUUAGUCUUUUCUUAGACAAACUUUCUUCUUACACACCGCCAUAAUUAGUCUUAUUGCUUGUCUUUUCUGUAUGGGAUCAGUUGUCAAUUGGUACUUUGUCCUGUUCUCCUGUCACACAAUUUGUUCUGUAAUUCAUUUUACGUAGACGUUAGUCUCAUUUGCAUAAAAUAUUUUGUAUACGUGACAAAUUAAUUAGAUAACAGUUUCACCACGAGUCUGGACGUAUCUAUAUUUUAUACAAUUCUCUUACAGAGAGUCCACUGUGGAAUAGUUGUAUUAUAACUCAUUCCAAAGAUCCCUUAGAGAACCCUUUGACCACUCUACCGUCUGAUGAACUGGAGAAUAAAGCCCUGCAGUUAUUUAAGGUAAAACAUAUUGUAUUAUGAUGCACAUCUUGCUAGUUUGCAUGCUUGGCACGAAAUACAAAAUGUGUGAUACUUUCCUUUCAUUUUCUUUUUUAUAUUUAGUCUAUUCAGUUGUUCUGCGAUACGGAGUGUGUCCCAGGCCCCGCGAUUGACUAUCACGUGGCGUAUGCCCAGAAUGCAUUGCAAAUGUGUCUGACUCACAUGGAACUGCGAGAAGAGAUGUACUGUCAGUUAAUGAAGCAAACUGCUAAACGUGUUCAUGUCUUAAGCGAAUCAGCCAGUGCACUCGAGGUAAUGUACCGUAGUAUGAACUAAACUAAACUAAACUAAACUAAACUAAACUAAACUAAACUAAACUAAACUAAACUAAACUAAACUAAACUAAAUUAAACUAAACUAAACUAAACUAAACUAAACUAAACUAAAGUCUAAACAAACUUUGUUCAGGCCUGGAAAAGUGUGUCCACUUAACAUGGUCUGGUUAAUUUAACCAGGACGCCCUGAUCAAAUUAAUAUAACCAGAUUGCUGGUUACAUUAACCAGACUAUGGUAGGAAUUUAACCAGGAAUAUUCAGUCAGUUAACCCAAGCAGGGUUACUUCUAGGUUGUCCAUCAUGAUAAUUUUAACAAGAGUGAUUUUAGGCUAAAUUUUGAUCCAGACAAAAAGGACGAAAUCUAUCAUUAUAGCUUAAAAGAACAUCCUUGUAAAAUUGCCAAAUUUGGUUGCAAAAUGUUGUAAAAUACGGAAAAUAUAGCCUUGUGAAAUUUGAGUAGUUUAGUAUUACACGCGGAAAAUGCACCACUUAUGAGCCGAAAGUGGUGCAUUUUUCUGCGCGUAACACUAAAAUACUCAAAAUUUGCUCAUUUCACAGGGCUAUAUUUUCCGUAUUUUACAUCAUUUCGCGACCAAACUUUGCAAUUUUACAAAUUUCAGGAUGUUCUUUUGAGCUAUUAUGAUAGAUUUCGUCUUUCUUGUCUAGAUAAAAAAAAUAGUCGAUAGCUGGUAUAAAAAAUAGUCGAUCAGGCGGUAAACGAACAUGGGAAACUACCUACAAUACCACAACUAUGCUACGGUUGGUCCCACACUCCUUAUUAAUAGCAUACCACUGACUAGUCUUCCAUGCUCAAUUUUCUAGCGUUUUCUCGCUCCACAUUCGGAAUGGUUAUCUGCCUCGAGGACAAAUUCCGUUUCAUCAGAUGCAACCAUUGACCUCCGUCCAAUCAGAGAGUAUGUGUAUGAACAAUGUUGGCAACUGUUAAUACUGUGCUGUACACUGUUUAUACCGCGAGGUCAUGUGCUGUGGUUUUUGAAAGCUCACUUGGAAAGAUACUCUUCAAAAGAGUAAGUUGAGAUUGCCAUUACUGUGAUUACAGUGUAUCAUUAUUGUUUUUACCCCAUUGCAGGGCUUGAAAUAACGUUCCCAAAGUUCUCGAUCGUGGUGAUCGGCAGUCAUGACUUUCCCUGCUUUUCAGGUUGGAAACCCUGCUUUUCCACCGAUCAUAAGCAAUUUCUUGCCGAUCAUUGAUCGGCUGUCAUUUCAAGCCCUGCCAUUGAGCGCCAGUGCUCUCCCUUGACGAGUAAAAUCGUCUGGCAUUAGACAGAAUAAAAUAAUAAAGUAGGGGGCAUUGGGGCGCACCGCAAUUAGAUAGGAUGAAUAGAUAGUCUGAUAUAUAAGAUAGUCUGAAUAACCCAUUGAGCGCCAGCUGUCAACCCUUUAACGAGAAAAUCGUCUAGCGGUAGAUAGUAAAAUAAUAAAGAAGGCGCAAUGCAACCUAAUGAGUUUAAGGCUUCCGGCCGCUCUGAAGGCAAUUUUCUUUUCGAAGGAAAUUCGAAAUUGUAAGGAUUAAAUUUACGAAUACGCAACAAUGCCGAAAUUAAGCCAAAGGUUUACCGAAUUGUUUUCUAAAUUUUUAAGAACGAUAAUUGGAAAAUAUGCAAAAUACUGUCAACAGUGUUUGGAGAGAACGUUACAAAAUGGCGAGCGGGAAGCCGGACCAUCAAGAAUGGAGGUAAACGUUUAUCUCAUGAGUACUUUAUGGUAUCAGGGGAAAUCGUCUACAGUACAUAUAUGAAUGUCCUGAAAUCACGUCACAAUAACUUGGUCACCACUUUACGUUCAUUACGUAGUAUUCAGAAUAGUAGGCUAUUUACUUGUUGUUGCUAAUAUGGAAAUUGACCAGUUGUUUGUGCUUAGGUGCUCGCUGUCCUGCUAGACGAUCCGUUUGAGAAGAAAUAUCCGUUAAAAAUUCCAGUUCAUUUUGUGAACAGAACUUCAGAAGAGUUUGGUUUUGAUUCAGCCACAACUGUUCAAGAACUUGUUGACCGAAUUAAUUCCGUAAGUAUAAUUUAUUGUAUAAUGAUCAUGACCUUGAGAGGCCCAUGCCUUGUCGGUCCAGUCACCAUUGUACUACAGGAGGAAACCUAAUGUCUUAUUGUGCCACCUCACAUUAUUUUGUUACCUUUAGGAAAUUGGUCUUCGUUCAAUUGAUCAAAGUGGUUAUGCCUUGUACACUGAUAAUCCUGUUGGGCCUGUUCAACAUUGCUUACAAACGAGUGUGAAGGUUAAAAUUAUUUCCUUAAAUGUCCUUGCUUCAUUGAAUAAAGUGUCUUAGCCUUACCAAUAUAACAACUAUAUAAUUUUAGUAGAAUCAUAUAUACUACUACUAAAACAAUUAGAUUACUCGCUCACAAUUUCGGGCUUCGCCCUCAUCAACUACCACCUUAUAGAAAUCUCGAGCUCGUAAUCUAAUUGUUAAUUAAAUAGCUUUCAUAUACUAUAUUCAAAUGCCAUGUUUGUUUUCUAGGUAUGUGACGUCAUUUCAAAAUGGGAGAAAACAAUGCAGAGUUCCCAAGGACGACAUGAACCAAAUCGUAUUAUCCGAUUGAGCUAUAAAAAUAGGUAACCAACUGUUUGGCAUUUUAGCAUAGCUUUAUAUUCGCUGCGUGAGUUUGUCUGUCUGUUAGUAAGGUGACCCAUCUAUUUGAAAAGAGAUUUUUUCGUCAUUAUGGAAUAACAACCAGAAUGUUUUUAAUCUAGAUUGUAUUUGAAGAGUCUGUCAAAGAAUGAGACUCCAACCGAACGUUAUUUGCUUGUUUAUCAAGUAUGUUCAACACCUUUAACUGAUUUUACAUUAAAAGUACGAUGGCAUCUAAUAUUCGUAUAUUGUUUAUGCUUUAGACAUUUAAUGAUAUAGUGAACGGCCGUUUCCCUAUGGCAAAAGACCGCUGUACAAGAAUGGCUGCAUUGAUGGCUCAGGUGAGAAUGUCGUUCAAAGGAAGCACAAGUCCCAUAAGCGUACCGGGGGGGGGGGGGGAAAAAAUGGGAGAACUAAAUUGAAAAGCAAGUCGAAAAUGCAAGAAAUAUAUGUGGCCAAACUUGACAACUUGCUACAAGAUUGUUUUGAGUUCAAGUGUUACAAGUUGUUACAAGUUGUUGACAAGUUGCGAGAUUUUUACGUAUGUUCAAAUAUUUGCAAACAACGGCAGCUACAUGCGUGAACUAUGUCUACGACUAUCUUAUUUUCAGAUGGAAUUUGGUGAUCGUGUCGCUCAAAAUAAUCAAGGUGAAGAUAGGAUCUCCAUGAUCCAAGAGAGAUUUUACCCGAGGAAACUGAAAGAGCCAAUGACAAGCGAGCAGCGCAGGUGAGUUUUUUAAAGAUGCAUGUGUUUUUAAGAUGUUUUUCAAGCGGUUUCUGGGAGCUAAAGCACUUUAGCUACUUUAAACUUCGACUCGCCAUUCAUCCACUUUAUUUCUACAGUAGUGUAGUCCUACACUACAAUUUUAGCUGAGGGGCGUGAACAAAAUUUCGAUUCUUGGGUCAGCAUUUUAAGUGAUGCUAUAGAAAAUACAGUCAUUACAUGGGUCAUCAGUCAGAAUAUACGAUCCUGAAUAUAAGAAAAAAAGUAUUGCUGGUCUGAACUUCGUAUAAUGCCAAAUAUUGGGGGAAGAACUACGUAUCUUUUUAAAACCAAGUAAUGAUUUUUAUAUAUGCGUUCUUUUCAAGACAAUUGAGAAACAGGUUCCUUGAUGCAUGGCUAUCGCUGUUAGGAAAAACGAAGCAAGAAUGUAUAAAGCUGUAUUUGUGCAUAGCUAAAAACUGGGCCACAUUUGGAGCGAAAUUAUUUAAGGCAAAGGUCGGUAUAGUUAGCCAAAUAAUUUGUAAUGCCAUACUUCGUUAUUACUGUGAUUUGAGAACCUAAUUUCAUUAUUUUUAGCAACGUCGUAUUGUGUCGAGAAAACGCGACUCCGCUUCGGAAAAUUUGGAAGAUGUGUGGUUGGCGGUUGAAGAAGAAUGCAUUAGUAUCCUUGAUGUCACAAAAAUGGUAAGAACGAAG